AUGAGCCGGGGGAACCCGGGCCCCUGGGCCCCCUCCGAUCUCUCCCCCAGCCCCCUCCCGGCCCCCAACCCCUUCGUGCACGAGCUCCGUCUCUCCCGCCUGCAGAGGAUCAAGUUCUGCCUUCUGGGGGCGCUACUGGCCCCGGUCCGCGUGCUCCUGGCCUUCCUCGUCCUGUUCCUGCUGUGGCCCUUCGCCCGGCUGCAGGUGGCGGGGCUCUCCGAGGACCAGCUGCGCCGGGAGCCCGUCACCGGGUGGAGGAGGACGCUGUGCCACGGCGGCGUCCUGGGCCUGAGCCGGCUGCUCUUCUUCCUGCUGGGCUUCCUGCGGAUCCGGGUGCGGGGCCGGCGCGCCUCCCGCCUCCAGGCCCCCGUCCUCGUGGCCGCCCCCCACUCCACCUUUUUCGACCCCAUCGUGUUGCUGCCCUGCGACCUGCCCAAGGUCGUGUCCCGGGCGGAGAACCUCUCCGUGCCGGUCAUCGGAGCGCUUCUCCGCUUCAACCAGGCCAUUUUGGUGAACCGCCACGACCCCGCCUCUCGCCGCAACGUGGUGGAGGAAGUGCGGCGGCGGGCGACCUCAGGAGGCAGGUGGCCCCAGGUGCUGUUCUUCCCCGAGGGCACCUGCUCUAACAAACAGGCUCUCCUCAAAUUCAAACCAGGAGCCUUCAUCGCGGGGGUCCCGGUGCAGCCAGUUCUGAUCCGCUACCCCAACAGUGUGGACACCACCAGCUGGGCAUGGAGAGGCCCCGGAGUGCUCAAGGUGCUCUGGCUCACGGCUUCACAGCCUUGCAGCAUCGUGGAAGUUGAGUUCCUCCCCGUGUAUCAGCCGAGCCCCGAGGAGAGUGCAAACCCUACCCUGUACGCCAGCAAUGUCCAGCGGGUCAUGGCCCAGGCCCUGGGCAUCCCAGCCACGGAAUGUGAGUUUAUAGGGAAUCUUCCGGUCACUGUGGUGGGGCAGCUGAAGGUGGCACUGGAGCCACGGCUCUGGGAGCUGGAAAAGGUGCUCAGGAGAGCCGGGCUGUCCCCUGGCAGGGUAGAUGCUGGGGCAGAGCCAGGCAGCAGCCGCAUGGUCAGUCGUGAGGAGUUUGCCCAGCAGCUGCAGCUCUCGGACCCACACACAGUCGCUGGCGCUUUCAGCUUCUUUCAGCAGGAUGCUGAUGGCUGUGUGGAUUUCCGUGAUGUGGCCCUGGCCCUCACCGCCCUGGACGGUGCGGGGCGGCGCCUGGAGGAACUCACCCGCCUGGCCUUCGAGCUCUUUGCCGAAGAGCACCCUGGGGUACUUGGUCGCCGCCUGUACGCUCGUGGGUUUGGGGCGAUCCUGCAUCUGCUACUGGGCUCCCCGCCGUCCGCGGCCACGGCCCUCCACGCCGAGCUCUGCCAGCUCGCCCCCACCCCCGCCCCGCCCCUGACACCUGCACCUACAACGGCUCCUCCCCCGGCACCUGCCUCUGCACCGGCACCUGCACCUGGCCUCUCUCUGGACCAAUUUCAAAAUUUCUCCCUGCGUGACCCGCUCUAUGGGAGGCUCUUCAGCACCUACCUGCAUCCGCCCCGCCCAGCCCAGGCUGCACCUCCCAUCCCGGCCCCAGCCUGCGGCCAUGGGCCCCUGGCUCAAGGGACUGUGACCCCAUCAAAGCCAAAGAGUGACUGAGGAGACGCCUACCCUCCACAUCUCCUGCGCCCAGCUCGCUCAAGCCCCCAGACUCAGGGUCAUGGCCCUUGCCCUCCGUUUGUUUUUUAAGUUGAUUUUGUUUGUUUUUUGUAAAAAAGUAUUUUGUAUAUAAAUAUAAAUCUAUAU